CAAGCUAACUCAGGUCAGUUUACAGUUUACAUCCAUCUAUGGAAGGAAGGAUGCCCGAGACGCCGGCCCUCGGCUUGGACGGCCUCGUCGGCGGCCUGAGAGAGGUGUACAGGAGCGGCAGGACCAGGGAGCUGGCGUGGAGGCGGUCGCAGCUCAAUGGCCUCAUCAGCCUCCUCACAGAGAAGGAGGAGGAUAUCUUCGACGCCCUCCGCGACGACCUCGGCAAGCACCGGACUGAAGCUUUCAGAGACGAGGUAGGGGUUCUCGUCAAGUCCGUCAAGAACACGCUGCAAAACCUCGAGAAAUGGGCGGCUCCGGAGAAGGCUUCUACGCCGUUGGUUUCUUUCCCAGCGACGGCGCUAGUGGUGCCGGAGCCGCUCGGGCUCGUGCUCAUUUUCUCCUGCUGGAAUCUCCCACUAGGCUUAGCUCUGGAGCCACUCUCGGGUGCCUUGGCGGCUGGCAACGCCAUGGUUCUGAAGCCAUCCGAGCUCGCGCCAUCCACCGCAGCAUUCCUUGCUGCCAACAUACCGAGAUACCUGGACUCCGACGCUGUGAAGGUCGUCUUGGGAGGACCUGAAGUUGGAGAGAAACUCAUGGAGCACCGAUGGGACAAAGUCCUUUUCACAGGGGGUGCCCGUGUAGGCCGCAUCAUCAUGACGAAAGCUGCGAAGCACUUCACACCAGUUGCGCUUGAACUCGGUUCAAAGUGCCCGUGCAUCGUAGAUUGGCUGGAUAGCAAAAGAGAUAGUCAGAUUGCUGUAAACCGCAUAAUUGGUGCGAAAUGGUCUACGUGCGCCGGUCAAGCCUGCAUAGCCAUCGAUUACAUACUUGUGGAGGAACAGUUUGCACCAAUUCUGAUUGAGCUGCUGAAAUCAACAAUCAAGAGAUUCUUCACCAAACGAGAGGACAUGACGCGCAUUCUGAACGAGAAACACUUUAAUAGGUUAAGUGGCCUCCUGAAGGAUCAUAAUGUGAGCUGUUCUGUUGUGCAUGGUGGAGGCAUGGACCCCAAGACCUUGAGCAUUGAGCCCACAAUUCUGCUGAAUCCACCACUUGAUUCUGACAUCAUGACGGAGGAGAUAUUUGGCCCUUUCCUCCCGAUCAUCACGGUAAAGAAGAUCGAAGACAGCAUCGAGUUUCUGAACUCGAAGCCUAAGCCGCUCGCAAUCUACGCCUUCACCAGGAACGAGGCACUGAAACAACGGAUCAUCAAGGAAACAUCUUCUGGUAGCGUCACAUUCAACGACGCGAUCGUCCAGUACGGGCUGGAGAGCAUCCCAUUCGGCGGCAUUGGGCAGAGCGGGUUUGGGCAGUACCACGGCAAGUACUCUUUCGAGAUGUUCAGCCACAAGAAGGCGGUGCUCAAGAGAAGCUUGCUGAUAGAGUUCAUGUUCAGAUACCCGCCAUGGGAUGACAGGAAGCUAGGGUUGCUGCGGCAUGUGUUCCGCUACGACUAUGUAUCGCUGUUCCUCGCACUGCUUGGCCUGAGGAGGUGAACAGGUCAGCUGGAGGAAGCCACCACGGGUGAAGGGAAGAAUCUACAAAAUCAUUGCGUGUUUGUUUCUCCUUAUCAGUGCAUUGUACAAACAGUCUCCAUGAUGGAA